CGGAUCGACUAUAUAAAAGGGGAGGGGAGAGCAGGGCUGGUCUUCAAACAAUCUCAACCAUCACUAAAGGAAAUACCCAUCUCAGACAGCCAUUCAUCUGACAAAAUGCACGCCCUAACUACCCUCUUCACCCUCCUCACCGCUGCCACCAGCACCACCAGCGCCCUCUCCAUCCAACCGCGCGACCCGGCCCCGGCCUCCAUCACGCCGCCCGAGGGCUGCCCCAUCCCGACCUGGGAGGUGACCUACUUCCACUGGUUCAACGGCUCCAAGUCGCUGGACUGCAUCCACAACCCGGCGGACAUCGCCUUCAAGGACUGCCUGUGCGGCAACGCCUGGUGCGACCAGGACCCGGCCACCUGCAACGGCACCAUGGUCCCCGUCUGCUACACGGGCAUGCCCAACUACCAGCCCUGGGGGUACGGGCCCCCGCAGACCCUGGCCAUCGACUUCGCCGACGGCCUGGAGUGCCGCGACACGUACAUCGGCUACCGCAUCCACGACAUCGCCCACGGCGAGUCCAACUGCGGCUACGCCGACCGCGGCCUGGGCCGCAUCGUCUCGUUCUACGGCACCUCCAACGAGGACUCCUCCGUCGGCCACAUGGAUUACGAGCUCGGCUCCGGCCACGCGCUCACCUGCAACAACGGCAGCAAGAUCACCUACCACGGCAGUGUGGAUUUCCAGUUGAACUGCGUGCAUGAUGCGUUCUUCAAUGCGACGUGCGAUGCCGCGCCGUUUGAGAUCCCGGUUCUGAGCUAUGAGUGGGUUUCUUAGGUGAUUCAAUUGGAGGUUACGGGUGGUCGUGGGGUAAGGGCCAUAUGAAGGGGGUGGAUCAGUGGGCAGGGGACUUAGGGCCGGGGAGAGAGCGGGUGUAGAUAGCUGCAUGUGGUUGAGAUGUGUGAUGAGCAAUGAAUAUAUGUAUAUCGGUGAAUCAUCGAAUCUAUGACGGCAUGGCGUCGUCGAGUGACGCUAGACAAUGAUCCUCGAACUCUUCACA